AUGGAGGCUAUUCAAUCAGAGAAGGACUUUUCAAAGGAGGCAAUUGACCUUGAAUCGAAUCGAUACGAAUACGAUCCAUGGCUUCUUGACGAUCAUCCUUUGCGCUCUUAUCCGACGGAGUGCAUUCCCGGACUGGGGGCCUAUUUGGAGGAGUCUAUAGGAAGGCGCAAGAAGGCUCUUCUCCGUGCCGGAUGUUUAUUGUUUGGGUGCUUAGCUGCAUUCCAACUGAUAAGGUUCCUACCGAUCAACACCAAGUCCCUUCCGCAUGAACCGUCCGCGCAGAUCGAUACACGCCCUCAUACCGGCGUUUGCACCUUCCCCACACUCGACACCCGACCGCAAGCUCUCGAGUCAUCUCUUGCUGCAGGAUGCGAUGGAGUACGAAUACCUGUCUGGAUGCACAAUGGCGAGCUGCAGGUUGGUAAUGCGGUCACUCGACCCAACCCGGAUACUUUGCUCAACCGACUUGGCCUCGACCCUCUGGUUGCGAAACUGGAUGAGGCUGCUGCCGAUGUGGCCAACACCCUUGGUGGUUCACACUCCGGUUCACCUGGGACCUUCAUCUUGAUGCUUGAUGCUAAAAGCUCUCUGCACGAACUUUUCCCCGUUCUUGUUGAUCAACUGGACACACUUCGACAACGCGGCUCUCUAUCCCAUUGGGAUGGCGAGUCUAUUGUUGAGCGCCCGGUCACUGUUGUCCUCACAAGCGAGGACGCCCCUGCCGGCGACUGCGUUUACUUCCCCCACCCCGACAUCUUGCAGUUCGCUUCCCUAGAAGGACGCGCUGCAGCAAGUCACCUUACAAGGGAUGGCCUCCAACAAUUAUCGCCUACCUGUAUAGCCUGA